GACUGAGGUCAAAAGUCUUUUGAUCAUGUGAUUAGAGUUUUGACACUGAUGUUGAGAUAAGUGAAGUGAAACCGGAGCUCUUUGGAUUAAGCGGUUUGAGGCGUCACUUUAAACUUCAGAGCUGAAGGGAAUAGUUUACAUCAGCACUCCGGCAGCAAUGGAAGGCAACUGUGGAGUUCCUCUGGACCUGUUCCUCCACAUCUCUCUUGUUCCAUCUGUGUGCAUCAUAGCGAUACUGUCAUUCGUUCAACACAGAGAGAAGACACAGCCCUUUGAGGAACGGUUCCCCUACCUCAGAGGGCGAUUCGGAUUUGUUGUGCCUUUGGAUUUUAUCGGCAGUAUGAGUAACCGCUGGUCCUAUGGUGUUGCGUUCGGUGCCGUGACUCCCAGCGUGCUCCAACUCUUCACCGAGUCCUACACACCGUUUUCAGUUCCGGCCUGGGCCAAAGCAUUCCUGUAUCUGCUGGGGGCUCUGGAGGUGGGCAUGGCCUACAUGCCUUUCUUCGUCUGUCUGUCAACAACCCAUCGAGCGCUGGGAGGAGUCCUAGGAAUACUGUACACACUGGCCUGGUUGAUAGUGAGAUUAUGGGAUGUUGUCACCUGUCCUGGAGGUUUGGUUCUAGGGGAAUAUGAGAAGAUCAUCCUGCAGUGGCCGUGUUUCCUGUGUUUGGCAUUUCUGAUGGGGCGGUUCAUAUAUAUGGUGGCGAAGGAUGUCCGAAUUCAUUUACAGCUACAGAAUGAACAGGUAGAAGAGGAGAACUUUGUUCAGUCUCAUCAGUUCAGAUAUGUACAAACUCUACUGAGACGACCUACUGGACGGUUGCUGGAGAAGACCUGGUUCCAGAGAAGGGUCUAUGAAUGGGAUCCUUAUUUCAAAUUUCCUAAUAGGAUGAUUGGCACCGCCGUGAUCUCCCUUAUCGGACUCUACAUGGUAACUCUUGGGGACUACAGGGUGAGUGGUUAUAUCUUCUCGAUGCUGGUGUCUGUAACAGACUCUCUGGAGGAGCUGGCGCAUUCCAUCAACGAGACGGACAAUCUGUUCUUCACCCUGCUGCCAUUACUGGACGAGUUCAGCCAUGUGGCAUGGAAGGCCUGGUUUGCAACGACACUGUUCACCUCGCUGACGUCUGUUACCUACACCUUCCAUGUGCUGGCGUGUUACAGAAAGCAUAUAAAAAGGCUGUGGGCAGGAGAAAGGAGCUUUUUGCCUGAAAAAUACCGCAAACCCAGCUCAGCUGUUAGUGUGGCUGCGAUCACUCGCUACUCCGGCUGGCAGAUAGCCUUCACACUGUGGGGUUACCUGAUCGUCCACUUUGUCCAGUUCAUAUUUGCGCUGCUGUUUGUGUAUCUGGUGGUUCUGCCCAUUCAGAAAGAAGGCUUCCUACCCUGGUUCUCCCACGUUGCCAUCAUACUAUUAACCAUCUUCAUAGUGAUCAUCUUGGUGGUGCUGCAGGUCCUGCUGGUUCGGAUCUUCUUCCUGCAGGACAAACUCUCACCAGAGGACAAAGAAAAGCCCCUCGCACUCAAUAACAGGAAGGCCUUUCACAACUUUAACUACUUCUUCUUCUUCUACAACGUCAUCAUGGGGCUCAGCAACUGUAUCCUACGCUUGCUGAACAGCUGCAUUGUGGGUACCUGGCUUGUGCCUCGGAUUGACCGGACCAUAAUGCAGCGGGGCUAUGAGUCCAUGGAUCCAGGCUAUAGGACGUGGAUAGGGAUGAUCAUGGCCGAUCAUUACCAUAGCAACCCAGUUAUGGUCUGUUUCUGCCACCUGCUGCUCAGUCGGACUCUGGAACGGCAGGCAUCGGCCAACCCUUACUCACAGUUCAACAGCAGAGACAAUGGUCCAACCGGGGGCAGAGUCCGUGUGCGCUGGCUCCUAUUCUACACCCUCCUGAAAAACCCCAAACUCAUCCUGCUUAGGAAACGGCGAAGUUCCACCCCUAAAGACCCUCUGGCCAUCGCCCGGGCCAUGACCUCUAUGGUCAAAAACCCGUGACCAUCGGGAGAAAAGGCUGUGGUGGAUUUUUAGGGUUUUUGGGCGAAUGACUCCAUACAGUCUACAGCUUCCAUCAGCGCUAUCUACUGGAUAGAGUUCAAUGUGCAACCUCUACUGCUGUCCAGAUCAUUUUGGGGUGGUGUUCCAGUCAAAACACAGAGUGACACUUUAUCAGAAACCCUUCGCUUAUACCUUCUUAGGUACUUAUGUAUUCCCUGUUACGUCUGUGCCGAGUACAGACCACUUCCAUCAAUAAUGUCUAGACAGCAGUGGACCCUGGCUGGUUCAAACUGGUUAAGCUGGUAGAGCAGUCCAGCUCUUGACCAGUAUAGAGUAUGUUUAAUGGUUUAGCUGGUCUACAAGCACUAUAAUCUAUAAUCUAUAGUCUAUAAUCAACCUGAACCAAAGCUAGAUAUCCAGCUUGACCAAGAAUUGCAGCCUAUAUAAGAACAUUAUAAGAACGUUUAGCAACAUCUAAAACGUUAAAACGUUUCUAAAAUGUUAAAUAAAUUAUUUUUAGAACAUCCAGAAAAUGUGACAGGUUGAACAUUGCAAGAAUGUUAAUGAUAACAUUAAAAAAAUGUUCUACAAACCAAAAAAAAAUAAUUGGGACCAAAUGAAAGAAACAGCACAACCAGCAUCGCUUAGCUAGUCUACCAGUGUGAAAAGCAAGACCAAGAUUGUCGACUAGCAUCACCCCAGCUAACAGAGAACAUUAUAAGAACGUUUAGCAGCGUUUUGAAGAAGUUCCAGGAAGGUUAGCUGGUAACGCUACAUUACCACAACAAAAAAAUUAAAACACAAGUGUUGUUGCAGCGAGAUUACUGGAACUGGGCCAAAAUCAAAUGCAGCGUACACCAUUCUGGUCAAGAGCUGGUUAACCAGUAUAGACUAUGUUUGGCCUGGAUGACCAGCUUUUCAACCAACCUGAUAAUCAAAGACCACUUAGACUGUCUGAAACCAGUUACCAGCAGAAGCUGGUCUUGAGAUGUUUUUUAAGCAGGGUGUUUAUAUAUAGAGUGUGUAAAUGAGUGUGUAAGUGAGUGAGUAAAGCACUGUUUAACUGGUAAAUAAAAACAUUUUCUCCA